UCCCCACCAUAACGCCAAUUAACCAAACCUCACUGCUUCCUCGCUCCCUCCAUUUCCUCCAAAAAUGGAACCCCAACACCAGCCCACCUCCUGCAAAACGGAAGACCACCACCACCACUACCUGCAAAACCCUAGCUCCUCAGGAUCCCCACACGCCACCAACCUUCCCACCCCAACCUGCUGCAAAUGCGGAGCCCCAACCCCUAUGGCCGCUCCUCCUCCCUCCUUCUCCGACAUCUCCCCUCCCCCAAACUACCGCCCAAUCCGAGCCCCCGCCAUCAACCUCCCCCAAAACCCUAAUUCCCAACAAGCCAUCAUCCUCGCCCCUGUCCCCCAACCCCUCUCUGUCCCCCAAAUUUCCCCUCCCUACCAUUUCCAAGCUUCCUCCAAGAUCAUCCAGUCCCCCGACGACCUCCGCCGCUUCCACGACUCCUUCCCCGGUAAGCACUUCCUCGGCUUCGUCGCCGCCCUCUCCGAUUCCAUUCGCGCCAAAAAAAUCUCCGACCCAUGCCACGAAUCUCCCACGAUCGCCACCAUCGUCUCCAUUCUCCAAACCCUAAUUCAGUGGGUCGACGAAAUCCCACCCACCAAGCAAGCCGCCCGAUACGGCAACGUUUCGUUCCGCUCCUGGCACGAGCGCUUGUCCCAAACCAGCGACUCCCUCAUGCUCCAGUUCCUCCCGGAGCAUCUCCACGCUUCUACGAUCGAGAUAGUCCCUUAUUUCACAGAUAGCUUUGGAAACCCUAGCAGAAUCGACUAUGGUACUGGGCACGAGACCAACUUCGCUGCUUGGCUGUACUGUCUCGCGAGAAUGGGCGUGAUUAAAGAAGAAGAUUAUCCGGCCGUUGUGGCCCGGGUUUUCGUGAAGUAUUUGGACUUGAUGAGGAAGCUGCAGUUGGUGUAUUGCUUGGAGCCGGCGGGGUCUCACGGCGUUUGGGGUCUCGACGACUACCAUUUCUUGCCGUUCAUUUUUGGGUCGUCGCAGUUGAUUGGGCACAAGUACAUGAAACCCAAGUCUAUUCACAAUGAUGAUAUAGUGGAGAAUUUUUCCAAGGAGUAUUUGUAUAUUUCGGGCAUUGAGUUUAUUAAGAAGGUGAAGAAGGGUCCGUUUUCAGAGCAUUCGCCUUUGUUGGAUGAUAUCAGUGGGGUGCCUAAUUGGAACAAAGUGAAUAGUGGGUUGCUUAAGAUGUAUAAAGCUGAGGUCUUGGAGAAGGUUCCCAUUAUGCAGCAUUUUCUCUUUGGCUGGCUAAUCAAGUGGGAGUAGAAUGUCGUGUGAGAUCUACUGGAGCAUCUGGUGUAGAAGAAGAAGUCAAUUUUGUGUCAGGUUAUAAGCCACUAUAAGAGUAACAGUUACUAGAUUGGAAAUGCAUACGUCUCCUCUUUUUUGUAUCCAUUAACUUGUUUUUGCCUUUUGCUCCUGUAAUGAAUACUGAAUAUGCAGUCUUCUUGUUGUGUUACUGCAUUUUUCUUCCUUUGAUCGUAAUAUUUCACGCUGAGUGGAAAAGUGAUCUCAAAAGAAGAAAAAGACCAAACAAAGUAGAUUAGAAUUUACUAUUUCAUUUAGAAUCUGAGCAUAUAUAUAGCUUCUUGUUCUUUGAA